UGAUAUAAUUUCCUUCCCACUUCCUAGCAAGCACAAGGCAGCACAAGCACAGCGUCUGUCAUCCUGCACGCUCAACAUGAACGGCACUUCGUCUCUUCAACCACAAGGUGAAGACCCGCAUGCCAUUUGGAUGAAAAUCCGAGACGAACGGAAGGUGUAUCAGCUGCAGAAGAGAAUCGAGAGACUGAGGAAAGAAGCGGAGUAUGACAGGGACGAGGAGGAGGAGAGUGAGAGCGAAAUAGAAAACAUUUGCACAAGAAGAGGAACUCAACAAGAGUUGAUAGUCAAACUUGUCACUGACCAUACUACAACUCAUAUAACAAAACUCUUUGGUCUACCAUCACCUGACCUGCAGAGUAACGAUGAGGACGAAGAGAAAGAAGAAGAAGAAAAAGAAGAAAAACAGAAAGAAAAAGAAGAAGAGACGUACCCACAAACAAACAUCGACGACAACGAUAUACCCCUAUCAUGGACACAAUCAAUACCAGAGGUGGCGACUUCACAACAUGAAAACGAGGACUCUCGUGCAACUUCCAGCACAAUGACAGCAACAAGAGAAGACUUUCUUGAAGUAGCAGUAAGUCCUAUGGUAGAAAUGUCCUUUCUAGGACAGAAACACACAUUGUGACAUGCACUGGGGUUGGUUGUCAUGGCGAUGAGGAGAUUCUGUAGUAGAGACUUGCUGUCAGUCGGUUUGAGGUAAGGUGCAGAAAUGUUUUGAAAUCAAUUGUGGUAAUUCUAAUGGUCAAUAUCAUAAGUGAAAUUCAUUGUGUCUCAUCGAGCUCUCUGAUUGAUGUAUAAGCUCUCGAAGUGUAUACAAACAGAACCAGACAUACAGACAAUAAAGAGAAAAAACAAAUAGACAGACAAACAGAUAAACAGAUAACAAACAGACGAACAGACAGACAGACAGACGGAAGACGGAUGGACAGACAGCCAGACUAAAACACAAAGAGCCACACAAACAGACAGACAAACAGACAGACAGACGGACAGAUGGACAGAUGAACAGACAGACAGACAGAUGUAUGGAUAAACAGACAGACAGACAGACAGACAGACAGAUAGACAGCCAGACAAACAAACGGACGAACAGACACAGAUGGACAUACACACAUACAUACAUACAUACAUACAAACAGACAACCAGACAAAUAGGACAAACAACUAGCAAACACACAGACAGACUGACAGAUGAACAAAUGGAUAGACACAGACAGACAGACAGACAGACAGACAGACAGACAGACAAACAAAACAUGCACAAAGGUACAUACAAAUCUGUUU